UUAUCAUUUAUUUAUUAUUUAGUGAACAGUCGAACGUCUGAUUAAACUUAACUCUUUCUCGUGUGUGUAAAUUAAGUGUAUUUUUGGGAAUAAAAAUGGUAAAAGCCUGGUUAAUGGAUAAUGAAACAACCGAUCAACGUUUGGAACAUCAUCGCAAUCCUCCCACAUUUAUUUCAUUGGAAGAAUUAUUCACUAAAACCGGUGUGGAACAUUUUCUGAUCAAUGCCGAUGACUAUCAAAAUGAUGUUUUACAAAACUUACGUAAAGAACGAAACUAUAGUUAUGAAGAUGAAAUAACCUGUUCAGAAACAUGUUUAGUCGAUUAUGCCAAUAAAUUGAAAUCAUUCUUUACUGAACAUUUACACACCGAUGAAGAAAUUCGUUUGGUUUUAGAUGGUUCCGGUUAUUUUGAUGUUAGAGACAAUGAAGAAAAUUGGAUUCGCAUAGCGGUAACUAAAGGAGAUUUAAUUAUUAUACCAGCUGGUAUUUAUCAUCGUUUUACAUUGGACACUAAUAAUUAUAUUAAAGCCAAACGUUAUUUUGUGGGUGAACCUGUUUGGUUACCAUAUAAUCGCCCUGCUGAUGAUAUGGAUUGCCGUAAGGAAUAUUUGAAACAUCAACAGGAGGGUUUUAAACAAUUAAAUAAAGUUUAAAUAUUGAAAUUUUUUUAAUGUGA